AUGGUCCAAAAGCCUAGUUCUGUUGUUGGAUCUACUGGUUCCAUUGGAACCCAGACAUUGGACAUUGUUGCAGAGAACCCGAAAAAAUUCAGAGUUGUGGCCCUAGUAGCUGGCUCAAAUGUGUAUCUUCUUGUUGAUCAGUUAUAUGUAUCAGGAAAAGCCUUCUCCCGUCUUUUGAGGGAUUCAAAGAAUAAAGCUGGUCAAGGAGGCCGUGGGGGUGGAAGUGGAUAUGGAUAUGGGCGAGGCCGUGGCGGUGGUAGAUACAAUUGUGAUUCAGCCAAUAAUGAAAACAACAGUGGGUACAAUAGUGAAUCAGCCCCUGCUGGUCAGGGUGCUUUUAAGGAUGCACCUCCUAAACAGCGUUUCUCUGGUGGGGAUGGUGAUGGAAGGCCAUUUGAAAGGCGUGGCUAUGUAACUUACUUUAUAAUGAAUCCUACAAGGCUUGCAUUCAUUCGCUCAACACUGUGCCGUCAUUUCAGGAGGGACCCAUUAUCUGCUAGGCCCUUUGAAGGGCUCAAAUUUAUUGAUGUUGGCUGUGGAGGUGGAAUUCUUUCUGAGCCUUUAGCUCGGAUGAGAGCUGCUGUAACAGGAGUUGAUGCUGUUAAGAAAAAUAUCAAGAUAGCUCGCUUUCACUCAGACUUGGAUCCAGUGACCUCAAAACUUGAAUGUCAAUGCACUACAGCUGUUAAAAGUUACAAUGCUGAAAAGGGGAGGGCUAACAAAGUGCCUAAAUUAAGACUACUCCCGGGCGUACCUAAACAACCGGGCGGAAUUGAGUGUGGCUACUAUGUUAUGCGGUACAUGAAGGAUAUUAUUAAUGAUGACACACUUUCCUUUUCGACCAAGUGGGCGGUAAAGACUCGGAAAGGAUAUACCCAACAACAACUUGACGAGGUGCGCAUGGAGGUGGCCGACUACUUGCAGACCUUGUUGUAGAUUCUGACUAGGAUGGGGAUUUUGAGUAAGGCUAGAUUGCUAUUUUGGUUCACUUUGACUACUUACAGACCUUGUUGUAGAUUCUGACUAGGAUGAGGAUUUUGAGUCAGGCUACAUAGUUUUUGGUUCACUUUUUUUGUAGUAGAUGAAGUGAAUGCAGCAAUUAUGAACAAAAUUGCUGUAUAUAGGCAUUGUUAGGCUAGUCUUGUAGUAGGUUAAUUGGGGUUUUGUUUUGCCUAUUUUGUGAACUGUCAAUGAUGAUGAUUUUGGA